CAAAAAGGCUAAAUUGAGACGUGUAACUCUGUGGCAGCCCCUGCAUCUUACCCCCAAUGGGUACCAGCGAAGGUGUCUUUCGAAACGGUGAACAUUUCAGUCCCAAAGUUCGAAAGCAUACUAUUUGCCAACGAACUAGCAUUACAUACGUUUUUUUUGUUGCCCCUACGUAACACACCCACCCUAGGACAAGGACUUGAUUGAGGGGUCAGUCAUCACAUCAGCGCAAAUGGCCUCCAAGGGCAUGUGGGAGGUCGACCCGGAGACUCGGUCAAAGCUCCUCGCGAUCCAGAAAGAGUCCAAGAACAGCCUGUGCUGCGACUGCGGCGCCCCGUCUCCGCAGUGGGCGUCACCCAAGUUCGGCAUUUUCAUCUGCCUGUCAUGCGCUGGCGUGCACCGAGGCCUGGGCGUGCACAUUUCGUUUGUGCGGUCCAUCUCGAUGGACGCGUUUAAGGCGGCCGAGAUUGAGCGAAUGCGGCUUGGAGGCAACGAGCGGUGGCGCGAGUUCUUCGAGAAGCACGCCGACACGGAGCUGAGGGGAAUCUCGUGGGACGACGCCACUAUCGCGGAGCGCUACGGCGGUGAGGCGGGCGACGAGUACAAGGAGCGCCUCAGCGCGCUGGUUGACGGGCGCGAGUACGUCCCCGGGGAGAAGAAGAAGGCUGCUCCCGCCGAGAACACCAACAGGUCGACUGCGCCGCUUGGUGGCUCCGCGGACGGGUCCAAGAAUGGUGGCGGUGGUGGCAGGUUCCGGGACGACCCGUCGCUCGGCGGCAGCAGGUCUGAGAGCCCAAGCGGCGGCGCGACGAGUGGAGGAAAGACGAGGGUGGAUGACAAGUACUUUGCUAGGCUCGGGGCCGACAACGCCUCGAGGUCAGAGGACCUGCCGCCGAGCCAGGGCGGCAAGUACGCCGGAUUUGGAAACACGCCAGCGCCUGCGCCAGGAGGAGCCGGCGGCAACACGGCUCUGCCCUCAAUGGACGAGCUGCAGAACAACCCGGUGGCUGCACUCUCCAAGGGCUUUGGCUGGUUCGCAUCGACCGUCACGAAGACUGCCACUACAGUGAAUAAUAAUUAUAUUCAGCCCACCGCAAAGCAGAUCGCAGAUUCGGACUUUGCAGCACAGGCUCGCAAUACUGCAGGUACGGUUGGGCGAGCGGCGCAGCAGGGAGCCAAGAGCGCACAAACCAGCUUCAACCGAUUUGUCGAGGGGCCGGACAGCCGGCAAUAUCAGCAAGUGCGGCAAGCCCCGAUCGACGAGACCCGCAAGGGGUUCUGGGAUGACUUUUCCGACAUCCCUGAACAACAGCAGAAGCAGCAGCCGAAGCCAAGCUCCAUUGGCACCGCGGCCAUGGGCAAGGGUGGAAGCGGCGGUGCAGGAGGACCCGGAAGUGCUUCGGCUAGCCAAACGGCCAAAAAGGAUGAAUGGGAUGAUUGGUAGUCGGACAAAAAAUGCUUUGGGGAAGAUGUUGGGAUGGGUGGUUUAGAUGGGGACGUGUGAGUCUGGAGAAGAUGCGAGGUUGCCCUGGGGCCCUCGUUUGGAGGCGAUAGACAUAUUUUGCAAGCUUUAUGAGCGUACUUAUUUGCACAUUUCAAACUUUUGAUAUGUUUGCCUCA